AUGUCUGCAAGUCUUCAGUCACUGGUUGACACCAUAUUUGGUCUGAAGAUUACACGGAGGCUUCAAACUGAAUAUCGAAUAUCUAUCUAUCUCUCAAUUUAUCUAUCACAGUCUAUUCAUUAUCUAUCUAUCGGUCUAUCUAUUUAUCUAUCACAGUCUAUUCUUUAUCUAUCUAUCUCUCUACCACAGUCUAUUCAUUAUCUAUCUAUCUACCACAGUCUGUUCAUGACCUAUCUAUCUAUCUACCACAGUCUGUUCAUUAUCUAUCUAUCUAUCUAUCUAUCUAUCUAUCUACCACAGUCUGUUCAUUAUCUAUCUAUCUAUCUAUCUAUCUACCACAGUCUGUUCAUUAUCUAUCUAUCUAUCUAUCUAUCUACCACAGUCUGUUCAUUAUCUAUCUAUCUAUCUAUCUAUCUAUCUAUCUAUCUAUCUAUCUAUCUACCACAGUCUGUUCAUUAUCUAUCUAUCUAUCUGUCUAUCUAUCUACCACAGUCUGUUCAUUAUCUAUCUAUCUGUCUAUCUAUCUACCACAGUCUAUUCAUUAUCUAUCUAAUUAUCAUAUAUGUCUGUGCCUAUCUAUCUAUCUAUCUAUCUAUCUAUCUAGCUGUUAUCUCUACAUAUUUAUCUAUUCUGUUAAUAUCUACCGAUCUAUCUAAUUUUGUCUGUUCAUAUCUAUCUAUUCUGUUCAUAUCUAUCUAUCUAUCUAUCUAUCUAUCUAUCUAUCUAAUUCUCUCUGUUCAUAUCUAUCGAUGUUAA